AUGGUUGGUCAGGUGAUACUGGUGAGCAUCGAGGCGGGUAGAGAGGUUACGGAUUAUGCACUCGAAUGGGCUGUUCGAAAUGUGAUCAAGCCAAUGGAUUCGCUAAUCCUAGUUGCGAUUCUCCCUUCUCACGAAUAUAAUCCAUUUCCGCUCAAGAUUACUCAACCCCAUCACAGUCUGCUGAAGAAACGUAGUGCUGUGAAAAACGAAGUGUCUGAUCGUAAGGUUGGAUUUGUAGACGAGGGACGCGAUAUACCGCAAAGAAUAUAUAAUGUGUGUGAAGAGAUGAUACACCAUCUCUUCUCUCUUCACAAAGUAGUCAAGGUUCAUACUGAAGUAAAAGUCGUAGCGUAUGCCCCAGUCAGGUCAAUCGCGACGAUAGCAACAGAGCUACAUGCAAGAUGGGUGAUUCUUGAUCAACGUUUGAAGAGCGAAGCAGAUUGUUGUUUAAAGCAGUACUUGGAUUGCAAUGUCGUCCUCAUAGACGGAUCCCUUCAUAAGAUUCUUAGAUCAGUGAACUUCCCGCUUACCAUGAAGAUCGAAGAAGAGCUGGUCCCGACUAAGGCUGAUAUGCUAGGUGCUUUUCCAACAGAGAACCGAGUUAACAACACCAGUCUUAUAACUACAUCAGAUCUCACUCGAAGUUCUUUUAGCACACAAAACACUUCAUCAUCCACUACCACUGAACAUGUUCCUCAAGAGAGACUAUUUCCAGUCGCAAAGAACACACCUCCUCGCUCCAAGCAGUUCCCGAAAUCACAACAAUUGGAUCAGAUUUCUGAGUUUGAGAUUAAGGUUCCUCGCAGAUCGAUAUCUAGCCUUAUAGAAGAAAGAACGAAUGGAAAUGGCAACCAUUUGAGAGUUAGAGAUGAUCUCACUCCGAAUUCUUUUAACAAACAAAACAUUUCAUCAUCCACUACGACCGAACAUGUUCCCCAAAAGAAGAUCCUCCCUCCAGUUGCAAAGUACACACCUCCUCGUUCGAAGCAGUAUCCAAAAUCACAACAAUUGAACCAGAUUACAGGGUUUGAGAUGAAGGUUCCUCACAGAUCGAUGUCUGGCCCUAUUGAAGAAAGAACGGAUGCAAAUGGCAAUUUUCCGAGAGUAAAAGAUGAUAUGACCAGAAAUGAAAGCAUGAAAACAGAAAUGGGAACAAUACCACAUGCAGCAAGGUGGUCAGUAGAUCUUCGACAGUUGGGCGAAAGAAAAAGGGAUCAAAAUGAGUCAGGGAAAGUAGCUACAAGAAGGGUAUCAUUCAGUCAUGCAAAUAAACCAACCAUAGACAGAAUCUCGAGCGUAAGAAGGGACAUGUCUCUCUCACUAAAAAGGCCACCAAUGCCACCCCCUCUUUGUUCUGUGUGCAAGCUUAGUGCUCCUGUUUUAGGGAGAUCCCCACGAAGGUUCAGCUACGAAGAGAUUGAGAGAGCAACCGAUGGAUUCUCAGCAAACAACUUUUUGGCAGAAGGUGGAUAUGGUCAGGUAUAUAGAGGCAUUUUGAGUGAUGGACAGGUUGUGGCGGUGAAGCAGCGCAAAAUGGUUAGUGCACAAGGUGCAGCUGAAUUCUGUUCCGAGGUUGAAGUGUUAAGCUGUGCACAACACAAGAAUCUGGUUAUGUUGAUUGGGUACUGCAUUGAGAAGGAAUGGCUGCUUGUAUAUGAGUAUGCUUGUAAUGGAUCUUUAGACAAACACUUAUACAGUAAGGAGGCAGAUGAGGUGAUGUCGUGGAAGAAUAGAAUGAAAGUUGCUUGUGGUGCUGCAAGAGGGUUAAGAUAUCUUCACGAAGAUUGCCGGGUCGGCUGCAUAGUUCAUAGAGAUUUCAGGCCUAACAAUAUACUCUUAACACACGAUUUUGAGCCCAUGGUAGGAGACUUUGGACUGGCUAGGUGGCAGGCAGAUGGACGAUUAGAGGAAGAAACACGCGUUGUUGGCGCAUUUGGUUACUUGGCUCCUGAGUAUAUAGAGACUGGUUUGCUAUCUGAGAAAGCCGAUGUAUAUGCAUUUGGAGUCGUACUUUUGGAGAUCUUAACAGGCAUCAAGGCUAUCGAAUUCUCUAGAAACUCUAGGCAGCAGUACUUUCCUGAAUGGAGGAGUCGUUUAUUUGUAGAAGGAAAGGGAUGUGUAGAGAUGAUUGAUCCUAAGUUAGAUAACAAGUAUGAUACGAAAGAAGCGGAGUGCAUGAUGCAUGCAGCCAGUUUAUGUAUAUCGCCUCACCCUGAACAAAGGCCAAGAAUGUCUAAGGUCUUGAGAAUACUGGAAGGGAAUUUUCUUGUUGAAAUGAUUGAUCAUCAUCAAGAACAAUCUACUUCCAUCAUCCUAAAACCAAGUUUAGACAGCCAUAAUUCAAGCAAGGAUGCAUUAUUGAAGAACCAAGAAAAAAUUCAGCACCAGAAGCAGAUGCACACGGUAAAGAAACUAAGCUCGAUUGCACUCAAAUUCGAAGAUCGCCAAGAUACCAUUUUAAAACCAACAACACCUCAACACAAGCAUGCGAUCGUCGGUGACAAAUAUCAAGAAUACUUACUAGGGUCACUCGACAAACAUAUCCAGAGCUUCAACAUGAAAUCAUAG